AUGUCGGUGAAAACAGUCAUAUUCCUUUCACUCAUUCUUGAUUUAUUUGCUUUCACUAUUCCGCUCCCGCUCUUUCCUCGAAUUGUAGAAUGGUACACACAGCGCGAGGCUCAUGACAAGACUGGCCUGCUGUCACGCUCGUUGCAAGCCGUAUCGUUUCUUCGAAGCUUCUUCAGGAGCUCCAAGCUUGACACCAAACGUUGGGAUGUUGUUUUACUCGGUGGAUUCAUGGGAUCAUUAUUCUCUGCGCUGCAAUUCCUCGUCUCGCCGCAUAUUGGCUCACUGUCUGAUAAGUAUGGUCGAAAGCCAGUCCUUCUCGUCACGAUGAUAGGCAACAUUCUCUCCGCACUCAUUUGGGUACAAUCGACUUCUUGGUCGUCCUACCUGCUUUCGCGAGCGGUAGGAGGCCUUUCCGAAGGGAACGUACAGCUAGCAAUCGCGAUUUUGUCCGACGUAACACCCGCAGAGACGCGUUCUCGUUCAUUAGCUCUUGUCGGACUUGCAUUCUCCAUUUGCUUUUGUAUUGGUCCUCCAAUCGGGGCAUAUUUCUCGAUGCAUCCAUUUCAAUUCCAAUCCUAUCUGAGAGAAGGCUGGGAACUCAAUAUCUAUGCGACACCUGCACUUGUCACUCUUGUCUUACUCGUAGUCGAGACCCUCUUCCUUGCCUUCGCGCUACCAGAAACCCGAGCGCGUGUGACAAGUGAAGCUAUACAGUCUACUGAGAAGGAUGCAAAGGCUUCCAAGAAGCCAUCUGCCACAAAGGGCAACCCCGUGCUCUCUCGCCUGCACCGACUUAGUGUCCUAAAGCAGGCUCGAGGGAUGCAUUUCAACUUUCUGCUUGCAUUUUCAGGUGUCGAGUUUACGUUGACGUUCUUGACAUAUGACCUAUUCGACUGGAACAAUGCAAAAAAUGGGCGGCUUCUUGCCAUUGUGGGCAUUAUGUCGGCUCUCCUCCAAGGCGGCUACACCCGGACUGCCACGCGCAAGAUUGGUGAGGGAGUCAUGGCUCGGAGAGGAAUGAUUAGUUGUGCCAUCAGCUUUUUACUCCUAGCAUCGCUCCCUUCUCUCGACGCUAUCUGGGCACCCCGAGUGAUCUAUGUGGCCGCCGCCUUUUUGGCAUUCACAUCCGCCACCGUUGUCAGCUCACUGACCGCGCUAGCCUCGCUGCAGUGUGAUGAUGAUGCAUCGACUAGUGAAGGCUCAGCAUUGGCCAAAGGCAAAGCACUGGGCCAAUUUCGCAGCUCUGGACAACUGGGUCGGGCCAUCGGGCCACUGCUCUCUUGUGCUAUGUAUUGGACUUUUGGACCGAGCGUUACAUACUCCACAGCAGCAGCGGCUAUGAUGGCCCUGGCAGUGUCGAUGAGGCAACUCACAAAGUAA